AUGCGUCGCGAGCGUCGCAUCGAGCCGACGUCGUUCGACGCGAUCGUCGUCGGCACGGGCCUGCCCGAGUCGCUGCUGGCGGCGGCGCUGUCUCUGGCGGGGCGGCGCGUGCUGCACGUGGACUGCGCCGCCUACUACGGGUCGCACUGGGCGUCGCUGCCGCUCGACCAGCUCGCGCAGUGGGCGGCGAGCGGCGGGCGCAUUCCGCCUCCGGGGGAGAACGAGGACACGCAGACCAACGGGUUUGCGGAAGACGACGACGAGCGCGGGGAGGAUGCGCGGAGAGCCCCUGGGGAAAGCGCGGAGGGGGAAAGGGAAGUGCUGAGCGGCGACGAGGGGGCGGGACGGGGAGACGGGGAGGGGGGUGCCGAGGGGAGGCAGGAUGGGGAUAGCGAAGGCGUGGGCGCAACUGAAGAUGGCGCGCGCACGACUGGGGACUCAGGCGCGGGCGAGGCGGGGGGGGCAGAUGCAGUUGCGGCCGCAGGCACAGACGCAGGGGCAGGGGCAGGGGCGGGCGAGGUGUCACUGGAGGAGCGGGUGCGGGCGGGGGAGGUGAGGGCGGUGGCGCUGGGGUCGUCGGAGGACGGCGCGCUCUACUCGCGCGUGUCCACCGCCACGUGGCUGCCACGCGCCUCCCACGAGCCCUUCCACCCGGCGCGCCUGCCAGCGGAGCUGGGCGAGGCGCGGCGCUACGCGGUGGAUCUGGCGGGGCCACGCGUGGUGAUGUGCGGCGAGGACGCGGUGCGCGUGCUGGUGCGCAGCGGCGCGCACCACUACGUGGAGUUCAAGGCCGUGCAGGCCCUGCUCUGCUGGCAGCGGGGGGGGGAGGGCAAGGCGCGGGGGGAGAGUGGCGCGCAGGGGCACGGUGGUGGGGGGGAAGGGGGGCUGGUGCGGGUGCCGACGAGUCGGGGGGACGUGUUUCAGGACCGGCAGCUGCCCCUGGCGGACAAGCGCCGCCUCAUGCGCUUCUUCCACUCCGCCUCCCCCCUCUCCGCCGCCCCUGGCCCCCCUGCCCCCGCUACUGCCACUGCUGGUGGCGGCGGUGAGGCGAGGGAAGGCGGGAACGAUGCAAGUGGGCAGGUGGGAGCGGGGGGGAAGGAGGAAGGGAAGGCGGCGAGCGGCAGCGAGGGGGAGGGGGAGGGGGAGGGGGAGGGGACGUUUACGGCGCUGCUGGAGGCACACGGGCUGCCAGCACGCGUGCAAGACUUCAUUCUGUACGCCAUCGCCCUGCUGCCAUGCAACCAGCACCCCACACCCCCUGCCGCUGCUGCCACCGCUGCCAACAGUGCCAGCGGUGGCAGCAGCAGCAGCAGCAGCAGCGGAGGUGGUGGAGGAGGGGGAGGAGGGGAGGGGAUGCAGGGGGGUGUGGUGACAGCGGCGGAGGGGCUGGCUCGCAUGGCGCUCUUCCUAAACUCCGUCGGCCGGUACGGCACGGAGGCGGGCAUGAUGGUGGCGCUGUACGGCAUGGGCGAGCUCGCCCAGGCCUUCUGCCGCCUCGCUGCCGUCAAGAGCGCCCUCUAUGUGCUGCGUCGGCCCGUGGCGUCUCUUCUUGUGAAUGCACACAUGGGGCGGUGUGAGGGAGUGGCAUUGGAGGACGGGCAGCUGCUGGGCGCGCCCCUCGUGCUCCUCGGCCCCUCCUUCCUCCCCAAGCCGCUGCCCCCCACACCACCCAGAGCACCACCCGCAGAAGAGCCUGCAGUGGUGAGCGGCAGAGCUGAAGCACGUGGGAGCGCAGCAGGUGGCAGUGAUGCGUGUGUGGGUGGGGAGGGGACGAGCCCAGGCGUGACGGGGCCUCAGUCUCACGGUGGCGGUGGCGGCGCUGGUGGUGCUUUGGACAGCGCUGGUGGUGCUUUGGACAGCGCUGGUGGUGCUUUGGACAACGCUGGUGGUGCUUUGGACAGCGCUGGUGGUGCUUUGGACAACGCUGGUGGUGCUUUGGACAACGCUGGUGGUGCUUUGGACAGCGCUGGUGGUGCUUUGGACAGCGCUGGUGGUGCUUUGGACAGCGCUGGUGGUGUUUUGGACAGCGCUGGUGGUGCUUUGGACAGCGCAGGUGGUGCUUUGGACAGCGCUGGUGGUGCUUUGGACAGCGCUGGUGGUGCUUUGGACAGCGCAGGUGGUGCUUUGGACAGCGCUGGCAAGACAAGUGCCGGAGGGGAGAGGGGGGAAGGGGAGGAGGAGCAGGAGGAGGGGGUGGUGGCGCGCUGCAUUUGCAUCACCGAUGGUUCCCUGCAUCAAGACAUGCACACUCUCGUUGCUGUGCUGCCGCCCACCUCACUCGCACCAGGGCUUCCGGAGCAGCCAGUGAGAGUGUGCCAGCUGUCAUCGCAAUGUGCUGUGUGCCCCCAAGGGAAGUACUUGCUGUAUCUCUCCACCCGCUGCCUCCCCUCCCACUGCCCUCGCGCCCUGCUGCUGCCCGUGCUUGCUGCCCUCACUGCAUUGCCACACCCGUCCCCCGCCACUCAUUCUGCUGCUGCUGUUGCUGGAGGUGUGAGAGAGGGGGGUGGCAGGAGCAAGGAAUCAGAGGGAGUGGGUGCGCAGGGGAAUGGAGGCAGAAGGGUGGCUGGGGAGGGGGGAGGAGAGGGAGAUGAAGGAGGGGAGGAAACGGCGUCAUCCAGCGGUAUGGUAUCAGAGCAGGUGGGGUCAGAGGCGGGGGCGGGCGAGGAGCAUGGAGACGAGGCAGCGGGGAAGGGGAGGCCCACUGCGCUGUGGGCUGUGUUCUUCUCGCAGCGCCUGCUGGAUGCCCGCAGUGUGCAGGUGCCGGAGGGCGUGUUUGCAUGCAGCGCUCCGAGCGACUCCCUGCACCUGCAGUCAGUGCUCGAGGAGGCCCAGCAGGUCUUCAUGCGCAUUGCCCCCGGGGAGGAGUUCUUCCCCACCCGCCUGGAUGAGGAGGAGAGGGAUGAUGAGGCACACGGGUUUGACAAUGGUAACUCGGAGGAGCAUGCCAAUGGGGACGGGGAUGGGCAUGGGCAUGAGGAUGGGGAUGAGCAUGGAGAUGAGAGGAGGGACCAGAGCAACGGAGGGAGGUGA